AUGGCACGUCUUCGCGAGGGGCUUUUUCUGCUCCUAUCCAAUGUUCUGUUGAUCGCAGCGACUGGAUUAUUCAUCUCGGGUCUCCUUCGACCAAAGAUAGCUCCACCAGUGACUGAACAGUCAUGGCUAAACAAAGUAGAGAAGACACCUUCGGCGCCUUUUGAUCGCGUGAUUUUCUUGCUUGUGGAUGCCCUGCGAAGUGACUUCGUGUUUGCCAAUAAUUCUGGAUUUCCUUUCACGCAGGAACUGAUUCGUGCUGGGGCAGCUAUGCCUUUUACAGCUUUGGCAGCUCCUCCAACACUAACCAUGCCUCGCGUAAAAGCAGUGACAUCUGGCGCGAGCCCUUGCUUCCUUGACAUGUUUGCAAACAUCAAAGAUUCCAUGAACAGGACGGAGGGAAACCCCACUUGGCUUCAUACGUUGAAGGACACAUAUGCAGACAAGAAGCUCUCGUACGCUGGGACUCGGACUUGGACGGAUCUUUAUCCAGAUGUUUUCGCACGAUCCCAUCCAACCGACGCGAAUUUUGUUCCUGACUACACCUCCGUUGACGAAGUGGUUAAGAACCAUGUCGACUUCGAAUUAGCCAAUGAUGACUGGAGCGCCCUGAUUCUGCACAUGGCCGGUGUUGAUCAUAUUGGACAUAUUGGAGGCCCGGACAGUGCCUAUAUGGGCCCCAAGUUUCAUGAAAUUGACUCUUUGACUCGGAAGAUCUUCGAGUCUAUUCAGACCAAGCCCUAUUUGAAGAAUACCCUCUUUAUUCUGCUCGGAGACCACGGCAUGGACAACCGGGGUAAUCAUGGAGGGUCUCUGGAGAGCGAGAUGUCCGCCGCUCUAGUUUUCAUGUCGCCUUUGUUUCAACGUAUCUCACCGGGUCAGACUUCCCCUGCUGACCCCAAUGCAGGAGAGUACGGAUAUCACACAGUGAUUGAUCAGUCAAAUAUAGUUCCAACAGUGGCCAGUCUUCUAGGAAUUCCAAUUCCAAGACUCAACUUGGGCGUUGUGAUCCCCGAGCUUCUGCCCCUGUGGAAGGAUCCAAAGGAGCACAUUACCUUACUGCGCAACAAUGCAGUGCAGAUGAUGCGACUAUAUGUGGACUGGCUUCCCUCUCCACCAGCAGUCAGUGACGAAGUCUUCGGUCUCUGGAAGAAGGCAGAAACUCUAGGUUCAGGAGCUGACGAAGCGUUGUCUGUGCUAUUGAAGUUCUGCACCAAGGCACAGUACGUUAUGAGCGUGCCUAGCGGAGAUAUCAGCUUUCCACUUAUUUUCUACGGAUUGGCAGCUGGGGUGGGAACCAUUCUGAGCGCCCUCCUGGCACAUCGAAUGAUCCCCUUCUCCUUUAAUGACAGUGGAUGGGAGAACAUGGCCAUUGUCGCUUCGUAUGCAUGUACGAUGUUCUAUGUCGGCUUGAUCGAAUAUGAGCACCUGUUUUGGUACUAUGCGUCUCUUCUAUCGAUGGCUCACAUCGGUUACAGAAACUUCCGUAACAAUCAAGGAUUCUUCGCAUCUUGGGGCCCACUCUUCCUCCAGUUCAUUUCUCAGUCCUGGAAUCAAGCUGGUGAAAACCCCGCGCGCCUUGCCGUCUUCAUUCAGAAAUACCUCGGAGAAAACACAGGUGCCUUAUGGCUGCUGACUAGUGCGACUUAUGCUGUUAGCGGAUAUAAUCUGUCUGCCCGUCUCAACCAGUCCAAAGGUUUGAUUGAUUGGACAUCUUCUAUAUUGUCGCACGGCUUGGGUUUAACCGCUUUGUUAUUUAAAUUCCACUCUACUCUGGUAAUCACACCGGAGGCUGCGUCAUUUGCACCACAGUGGCUAUUGUCCACCUCUGCUCGUGUCAAUAUAAUCUUUCUAUACAGAAUCCUCUCCAUCAGCAUCAUAAUGAAAAUGGCCUACGUUUUGCUGCCGCUGAGAAAGGGCACUAUUAGAAAAGAUAAUCUUGCUGCCAUGAUGGAGCUUGUCGGAUUAUACCUCAUGACCCAGUCUCGUGCACACAACAUCCCUCUGUUUCUCAUUUUUAGAUCGCAGCUCCAGCUCCUCGAGUCUCUGCCGGAAAACCGGGUUUCCGUUAUUCUGCUAUUCGCGGAGAGCGCCUACUCUGCCUUUGGAUUCACAAAUUCAGUCGCUGCCUUGGACAUUCCAUUGGGGUUCAAUGGUGUGACAACUUGGGUAUCCAGUACAAUCCAAUUAAUCCAAUGGCAGAUCUUCAUUACCAUGUGGGCUGGGUCCGCUUGGUGGAUUUGUGCCGGUCUUGGGCUACUUGCUCAGCCAAAGUCGGGCAAGGCUUCCCAAAAUGGGAACGCUCAUGGGCCAAGCACUGCCUCGGGCAAACAGAAGCCGGAUGGGCAUAUCAACGGGAGUGCUAAGUCGUCUGAAACUCCGAAGGAAGUUCUAUCACACUCCGAGGGUGUUUGGACAACUUACCUAGCGCAUAUCACUCUCUUCCAAGCUGUGAGUGUGAUUCGAUUGAUUGGUGCCAGUAUUUGGUACCGUGACGACCCACAACUGUGGACCGUGAUCCUACAUGCUUCAGCGCUCAUCGCAAUGAAGCUUGUCAUCCAUACCACUGUUAACUGCUUAUUCAGUGGAUUGAUGUGGGCAAGUGCGUGA